GCCACCUCUAUCUAGUUUCACACUUACAAGCAAAACCAUCGGUUUUUUUAUUUGCGGCGUGCGGCGGAAAAGAGAAACCGAAAAGCAGCCAAUUUAUUGUUGUGAUCCGAUCCUGUUCCUGCAGGCUCCACUUAUCUUUAUCGCGUCCCCAACUUUUUUGUUCAGUGCAUCAAGUGCAACAACAAACGGAGCGGCGGACAAAAGCGGACACGCAAAACACAUAAAAAGGAAAACGAACCAGAGAGUGUGCGAGCAAGUGAGAGAUCAGAUCCCGCCAUCAUGAGCAAGAAGCCGACAGCCGGACCGGCGCUCCACAAGGUCAUCAUGGUGGGCAGUGGCGGCGUGGGAAAGUCCGCCCUCACACUGCAGUUCAUGUACGACGAGUUCGUCGAGGACUACGAGCCCACCAAGGCCGAUAGCUAUAGGAAAAAGGUUGUGCUGGACGGCGAGGAAGUACAAAUAGAUAUAUUGGACACGGCUGGCCAGGAGGAUUAUGCCGCCAUCAGAGACAAUUACUUUCGCAGCGGCGAGGGUUUCCUCUGUGUCUUCUCCAUCACAGACGACGAAAGCUUCCAGGCCACCCAGGAAUUCAGAGAGCAGAUAUUGCGGGUCAAGAAUGACGAGAGCAUACCGUUCCUGCUGGUGGGCAACAAGUGCGAUCUGAAUGACAAGCGCAAGGUGCCCCUGAGCGAGUGCCAAUUGAGGGCGCAGCAGUGGGCGGUGCCCUAUGUGGAGACCUCGGCUAAAACCCGCGAAAAUGUGGACAAGGUAUUUUAUGAUCUAAUCAGGGAUAUUUCAUCGCGUAAAAAACAACGUCAGACGGACGUGAAACAGCCGCCGAAGCCCAAUUCUCAUUGCUGCCAACUGCUGUAGGAUGAACAACAACAACAACAACAAGAACCGACAACCAUACGAUGAACAACAAACAACUACAGCAGCAACAACUUGGAAAACAACAACGGCCACACGGAUAACACCAACCACAGAAUAAAAGAUGAAGAGCAGACCGAUAUGUUAAUAAAUAAUUAACUUAGUGAACAUCAGAACACACGCGAACAGCAGAAAAUAUCAAAAUUAUUUGCCACACUCAAAACUCAAACACGUAAUCCAAGUUAACUUGCAUUGUAAUAUACAUAAAUAUAUUAUUUAGGCAAUCGAUUUCCCCGAAAAAAUGAAAAGCAGCACAGCAGCUUACAAAUUCUGUCGUUUAGUUUUCGUUCUUUCUUUAAACUUAUCGAUUUUUGUGUUGCCCCGUACAAUAAAAUGUUAAAACUAAAACAAACACUAAAGCUUAAACGUAUUAAAUAUAAUCAAUCUUAGACACCUAAAGAAAAACCCGUAAUAAUUAUGCAAUUUAAUAAAUGAUAUAGAUAUUUCUCUUGUUUAAUUAUACAUAUGCAUACAUUUUUUGUAAUAUUUUAAAGUUUAAUAGCGAAAUGCAAACAACACAAACCAACAAGAAACCACACAGAAAAGCUUUUUAUAAAUACAUCUAAAUAUAUAUUUAAAUAUAUACGAAAUAGUUUAAAGUAUGAAACACUUCAAAUGCUAGAGACAAGAAGUAAAAAGAAAGGAAAACGAAAACAAAAGAUAUCUCCAAUUAUUAAUUGUAAACGAAGUGAAUCGAAACAAAUUUUUAAUGCAAUUUUUGUAAUUUUCUAAACCGAAAGCAAAUGAGUAGGGAUAAAUAAACAAAAAUACAACAGAACAAUGAUGAACUAAUGUUUGUAGCAAGCAUUGGAGAUUUUCCUUUACCUGCAGUUACUUUUUUCCACGCUAAAACACAUCCAAUAUAUAUUUAGCAAUAACUCCCGAUUGAUUUGCUUCUUUGUUUACUUUUGUAAAACUGCAUUCUGUAUUGUAAUAUUUAAGCUAUUAUUAUUAUGAUAAUUAUUAUUAUUAAAUAUAUAAGUUAUAUAUGCAAUCGAUUGAUGGUUGGUUCAACUUUUGUAUUAAGCAUUUCCCUCGUUUUCCUGUGAAAAUUGUUGCGAAAAACGCGAAAACACAGCUAGAACACUCAACCAUUUUUUUUUUUUCUUUCCUCCUCACAGACACUCACGCAUAUAUCCAAAACAAAAUCAAGCAACAACCCGCAUUUUUUUUAUAUAAAUAUAUAUACAUAUACAAAUUAUAAUUACGAGAGUUAAAAAAUGGCGAUUGAUGGAGUGUAAUGUUUAGCUUGACUCAGAAAUAAACCGAAAAAUAUGAGAAAUACAGAA